AUGCCUACAGUGUGUUAUAAAAAAAGUUUUAAGUACGUUAAGAAUAACUUUAUAGUAUCUAAACUCGCCUCAACCUUCCCAUCGCAAGUUACCCUUCUAAACACUGCCGAGCACUUAGCUUGGCGAUCAGAAUUCUGGUCAAAACACCAAGAAGCGGUGCAGCCGGCUUGCAUAUUCAGGCCGAAAUCCCCCAAAGAAGUCGCCAUCGCAGUCCUCAUUUGUCGCUGGUCAAGAUGCGCGUUUGCAGUCAAAAGCGGCGGUCAUGCUGCCAUGAAGGGUGCUUGGAAUAGUGACGGGGGUAUUACCAUCGAUCUGGUGGAUCUUGACAGCAUCGAACUGAGCGAGGAUAAGAGGAUCGCGAGACUCGGGACAGGGAACACGUGGAUGAAUGUGUAUGAGAAACUAGCAAAAGAUGGAUUGGCAGUAGUUGGAGGGCGAGCUUCUGAUAUCGGAGUUGGAGGGUUCACUCUAGGCGGGGGCAUAUCCUUCUUCGCCUCCCUCUACGGCUGGGGCUGCGACAAUGUCGCCAAUUUCGAAGUCGUCACCGCCAGCGGCGGUCCUAACUUUGGCAUCGUAACUCGCUUCGAUCUUGAAACCUUCCCCCAAGGCAAUAUAUUCGCUGGCAGUAUUGCAUACCACUACCCUACACAAGCUACCGCCGCUAUCUCUGCAUUCUCCAAUAUUGCAUACAACCCAGAUCUGAAGGCUUCGACGUGGCUCGUGCUAGUCAAUCGCAUAGGCCACGAUACCAUCUCCACUUUAACCAUGUACAAAGACCCCAAUCCUCACGCCGAGGUGUUCGGCGAGUACAAAUCGAUGCCGAAUCUCAUGGAUACGACCAAAGUCCGCAGCCUGGAAGACAUGACACUUCAGGUUCGUGCGACGAAUCCCAAGAAUCUAAGGGAAAUGUAUUGGACGCAUACAUUCAAAUUCUCAGGCGACUUCAUCCGCUGGUUUGCAGCUACUUUCUUCAAAGAAUUAGAGGGAACGAAAGGGAAAUAUGAACGCCAUACCCCAGUCCCAGUGUUCCAGAUUAUCACGCCCGAGUGUGUGGCGCGGAUGAAGGGGAAUGGGGGAAAUUGUCUCCCACUUAUGGAAUCGGAAGCGCCGUACAUGAACCUGAUAUACUCAUGUUCGUGGCAGAAUGAGGAAGAUGACGAUUACAUCAUUGGAAUGAUCGCGAGGCUUAUGGGAACAGCGGUUAAAGAGGGGAAAAAGAGGGGAUUGUGGGUCGAGUAUGUGUAUAUGAAUUAUGCGAGCGAGUAUCAGGACGUAUUGGGAGGCUACGGAGAGGAAAAUGUGGCGAAAUUGAAGGUCGUUGCGAAGAAAUAUGAUCCACAGGCCAUCUUUCAGACUUUGAUGCCCGGGUAUUUUAAACUAUGCGGUGCACCUAGAAUCAGCGGGCCCGGGGUUUGGAAAGAGGAUUAG